CAUGCACCAAAAAGCACCCUCAUUUUUCACCUAAUUUCUUGGAUCGAUUUUUCUCAAACACAAGUAAAUAAGAGCACGUGCUACGACAUGGGGGACUCCAACAUCAGCCACAUAGUAGCAGCUUAUACAGAGACGCAGGAGAAUCUCCCAGCAGGCAAGUUGGAUCAUUACAUGGACACCUACGACAUGGACUACGGCAUCCCUCCUGAUGAGAUCCCAGACACGACGCAAGGCCAAGCUUUCUUCGUGGCCACCAUUGUUAUCGGCGUGGUGCUUGUCUGCAUCAUGCUCGUCUGUGGUUUUGGAAACUUCAUAUUCAUCGCUAUGCUGACACGCUACAAGAAGCUCCGCAACCUCACCAACCUGCUCAUUGCAAACCUGGCCAUCUCAGAUUUCAUUGUGGCAGUGGUGUGCUGCCCGUUCCUGGUGGACUACUAUGUGGUCAAACAGCUUUCCUGGGAUCAUGGGUUGCUGCUGUGUGCCUCCGUCAACUAUCUCCGGACAGUGUCACUCUACGUGUCCACGAACGCAUUGCUUGCCAUUGCAAUUGACAGGUACAUGGCCAUAGUCCAUCCUCUGCAGCCUCGUAUGAAGUAUCAAACGGCCUACUGCCUGAUAACAGGGGUUUGGAUCGUCCCCAUCCUGAUAUCAAUUCCCUCCGCCUACUUUGCCUCGGAGACCAUGUACCCUCAUGGCGGCACCACCCCAACCACCCACAAAGUCUUCUGUGCCCAGAUCUGGCCUGUGGACCAGCAGGCCUACUAUCGGUCCUACUUUUUGUUUGUUUUUGCUGUGGAGUUUGUUGGGCCUGUGAUCGCCAUGGCAAUGUGCUACGCCCGAAUUUCCCGCGAGCUCUGGUUCAAGAAUGUCCCAGGUUUCCAGACAGAGCAGAUCAGGAAGAGGCUGCGUUGUCGCCGCAAGACAGUGAUGGUCCUGAUUGGGAUUUUGACGGCGUACAUCUUGUGCUGGGCACCAUACUAUGGCUUCACCAUCCUGCGAGACUUCCACCCAACACUCAUCUCCCGUCAGAAGAACUCGUUGGUGGCCUUCUACAUCAUUGAGUGCAUUGCCAUGAGCAACAGCAUGAUCAAUACCUUCUGUUUUGUGACUGUCAAAAACAACACGGUUAAAUACCUGAAGAAGAUUGUACUGCUGCGCUGGAGGUCGACCUAUACGCCCACUAAAACUGUGGAUGAGAUGGACAUUAGGACCUCCACCUUGCCUGUAACAGAGGAGAUUGAAUGCAUUCACUUGAGGUGAAGAGAAGAACGUCUUAAUGUAACACUCAUUUAGAUUUGGGCUGUUGAUGUACAGAAAUUAAGUAGUUGAAUGAUAAUUUUGACGUGGGACAUUUCUCUCAUGGUUAAAUCACAUUUUGGAAGAAUAUCAAGCAUCAUGAAGCACAAGGAAAGAUCAAACUGGUAGUGUAGUCUACAUGAUGGGCAAGUAUACACACAUAAAUCCUAAAAAAGCUCCAGGUUUCCAUAUACCCACUAAAAAAUGUACAAGGAUACGUAACAACAUCGUUUUGUGACAGAACUUUCACUUCAGCUAUUUGUUUCCGCAAGGGGUAAACAGAUGUGACAGCAAACUGAGCAAAAGCUGCAGACCAUGCAGAGACUCGUUGUCGUUCCCUCCCCCCAUGCAGCUGCGUGCAGUGCGUAGUGUCUGCAGAGCAAGUGUGUGGUCAAACGUGUGUACGAGAGAGAGUGACGGUGGAUACGCCCAGAGCAGACAGCUGUUGGCCAUCGGAACAAAGAGGGAAUUAGCUGUAAAGUUGUGAGGUGGUAGUAA